CAACCUGUCCCGCGCCGUCCUCUCCGGCACCUCCUGACCCGUUAGCACCUGGCACUUGCGUCCCCAGGAAUCCAGCCGUCAUGUCUCGCCAGUCGAGUGUGUCUUUCCGGAGCGGAGGCAGCCGCUCCUUCAGCGCAGCCUCCGCCGUCACCCCUUCUGUUUCUCGCACCAGCUUCAGCUCCGUGUCGCGGUCCAGGGGCGGUGGGGGGAGCAGGGUCAGCCUCGGCGGGGCUUUCGGAGCCGGAGCGGCCGGCUUUGGCAGCCGCAGCCUCUACAACUUGGGAGGCUCCAAGAGGAUUUCCAUCAGCACCAGUGGUGGUGGCUUCAGGAGCCAAUUUGGUGCUAGCGCUGGAGGCGGCUAUGGCUUCGGAGGUGGAGCUGGGAGUGGAUUUGGUUUCGGCGGUGGAGCUGGUGGCGGCUUUGGGCUCGGUGGCGGAGCCGGCUUCGGAGGCGGCUAUGGGGGCGCUGGUUUUCCCGUGUGCCCCCCUGGAGGCAUCCAAGAAGUCACUGUCAACCAGAGUCUGCUGACACCCCUCAACCUGCAAAUCGACCCCACCAUCCAGCGCGUGAGGACCGAGGAACGUGAGCAGAUCAAGACCCUCAACAACAAGUUCGCCUCCUUCAUCGACAAGGUGCGCUUCCUGGAGCAACAGAACAAGGUCCUGGACACCAAGUGGACGCUGCUGCAGGAGCAGGGCACCAAGACCGUGAGACAGAGCCUGGAGCCCCUGUUUGAGCAGUACAUCAACAACCUGCGCAGGCAGCUGGACAGCAUCCUGGGCGAGAGAGGCCGCCUGGACUCGGAGCUCAGGAACAUGCAGGACCUGGUGGAGGACUUCAAGAACAAGUAUGAAGAUGAAAUCAACAAGCGUACCACUGCUGAGAAUGAGUUUGUGAUGCUGAAGAAGGAUGUGGACGCCGCCUACAUGAGCAAGGUGGAGCUAGAGGCCAAAGUCGACGCGCUGAUGGAUGAGAUCAACUUCAUGAAGAUGUUCUUCGAUGCGGAGCUGUCCCAGAUGCAGACCCACGUCUCUGACACGUCCGUGGUGCUGUCCAUGGACAACAACCGCUCUCUGGACCUGGACAGCAUCAUCUCUGAGGUCAAGGCCCAGUACGAGGAGAUCGCCAACCGCAGUCGGACUGAAGCUGAGUCCUGGUACCAGACCAAGUACGAGGAGCUGCAGCAGACGGCAGGCCGGCACGGUGACGACCUGCGCAACACCAAGCAUGAGAUCUCUGAGAUGAACCGCAUGAUCCAGAGGCUGAGGUCUGAGAUCGACAAUGUCAAGAAGCAGUGCGCCAACCUGCAGAACGCCAUCGCCGACGCCGAGCAGCGGGGCGAGCUGGCCCUCAAGGAUGCUCGGAACAAGCUAACUGAGCUGGAAGAGGCGCUGCAGAAGGCCAAGCAGGAUAUGGCACGCCUGCUGAGGGAGUACCAGGAGCUCAUGAACACCAAGCUAGCCCUGGAUGUGGAGAUCGCCACCUACAGGAAGCUGCUGGAGGGCGAGGAGUGCAGACUGAGUGGAGAAGGAGUUGGACCAGUCAACAUCUCUGUCGUCACAAACAGCGUCUCAUCUGGCUAUGGCGGCAGUAGUUUUGGCGGUGGCAGUGGUUUUGGCGGUGGCAGCGGUUUUGGCGGCGGCCUGGGUGGCGGUCUUGGCGGCGGAGGCAGCAGCAGCUUUUACUCCAGCAGCAGUGGGGGUGGUAUGAGCAGUGGGCUUAGUAUGGGCGGUGGAGGCUUCAGUGCCAGCAGUGGCCGAGGCAUGGGUUUCGGCAGCGGUGGGGGCAGUAGCUCCAGUGUCAAGUUUGUGUCUACCACAUCUUCCUCCCGAAGGAGCUACAAGAGCUAAGGGGAUCCAGCUGCCAGUCUCAGCCUCCCCUGGCAGUUGCUGGCUCCCAGAGGCUGCCUCUUAUAGGCAAUUACCCAGGUUAUAUUUUCUUUUCCUGGAGAAUAGUCUAGAUAGGCCCAGCCUCCUUCAGAACAGCGUUUGGGGAUAUCCAGGAGGGGCCAGCUCCCGGAUCCCCUGCUCUCUUCCCUGUCACGGUCUGCAUUCUGCUUCACUUUGGCCUUCAGGUUCCUAUAGCCUGAUCUUCAAGGCCACAAGGAUCCAAAGUUGCCCUGUUUCUCUGCCGUCACAUCCAAGUCUCCAGCCCAGUCCCCAGUCCUGGCUCCUCCCAUCACCUCCAGAAUGUGUUCAAUAAAGUG